CGCGCGCGCAUCUCCUCUCUCUCUCUCUCUCUCUCUCUUCUCUCUCGACACGGCACGCAUCGACGCAGCAAGAGCGAGCGAGCAGCGGAGGACGCAACAAUGGCGGACGCCAAGGGCAGUUGGGACUCCAUGAGGGAAUGGAUCGUCGAGCACAAGCUCCGCGCCGUCGGUUCGCUGUGGCUGAGCGGGAUCGCGGGCUCGAUCGCCUACAACUGGUCGCAGCCCAACAUGAAGACCAGUGUCAAGAUCAUUCACGCCAGGCUGCAUGCUCAGGCACUCACACUUGCUGCUUUGGCGGGCGCUGCAGUUGUGGAGUACUACGACCAUCAGACAGGAAAGAAGGCUGACCGCUAUGCCAAGAUCCUCAACUUUGAUGAACACCAACAGAAAGAUUGAAGUUAAGGUACAGGAAAGAAGGCUGACCGCAAUGCCAAGUUCCUCAACUUUGAUGAACACCAACAGAAAGAUCAAAGUUAAGGUUCUACUAGCCAUGACAUUUAUACAGUACUAGGUCAUUUUGUCAUAAUCCCCCUCGAGAUUGGGAGCCAUGUUUUUACGAGGCAUCAUUGCUAAAACAUUGAUCUAAUUAGAAGCAUUUAUGCAUCUUUUCUAUCCAUUAAUGAUGUAUGGUUGUAUCAAAUCGUUCUCUUACCUCUUGUUAUUUUUUGGUUCUUUCUGUAUAAUCCUAUUGAAUCAGACUUUAGGAGGACCAGGGUAAUAUUUUGAAACCUCUGCUAUUA